AUGCAGACCUACAUUGGUGAAAGCGAUUUACUUUCAAUGGUUAUAUCAGAAAAUAUUGAUCUCCCAGAAUACCAGGGGACUCCUGAAGAUAUCGCCACUUUGAAAAUCAAAAAAGCUUUCAAAAUCCUAAAGAGACCUGUCUUAUGUGAAGACACUAGUCUAGCAUUUCAUGCCUUGGGCGGGAUGCCGGGACCAUACGUUAAAUGGUUUUUGGAUAAAAUUGGCCCUGCUGGAUUAUUUAAACUUUUGGAAGGAUUCGAAUCUAAAAAAGCAACCGCUUCUACAAUAUUUGCAUUUUACGACGGGAACGAUAUCCGAUUAUUUAGAGGAGACGUUGAAGGAGAGAUAGUCCAACCGAGAGGAAGUAGUAGCUUUGGGUGGGAUCCAUGUUUCCGGCCAUUAUGUAGCGACAAAACAUAUGGAGAGAUGACUGUUUUAGAGAAACAGGCCGUUUCUCAUAGAUCUGCUGCCUUCAACAAAUUAAAGCCAUUUCUAAAUGACCUUCUGUUAUAA